AUGCUUGAUAAGAAGGAGUGCGAAGAGAAAGUCGUUAAAAGGCGACUUCCUCAACUCAUUUUGGGCAUGGCACGAUUUAACAAGCUUUUUGCUUGCGCUGACAAUAUUUACUACAUUCUGUUUCAAUGGUAUGUGGAGGCUAUCGGUAUGGUAUCAUUGCUUGUUGAAGCAAGUUUAGGUGCUCCACAAUUGAUUCGGAAUUGGCAACGAAAGUCUACGCAAGGAAUGAGUGUACCUAUGGUUUUGGCGUGGCUUACUGGGGAUCUUGCCAAAACAGCAUAUUUUGUUGCUACU